AUGCAAGGCGAAGGUAUGCUCGAAAAGGACAUCUUGGCCUGCCAGUUCGGCAGCUGGUACGACCACUUCCGGGCAGCCAGGGUCACAUUCAAGAGCGAGAUCAUCCCGCUGCCGGAAGACUUCGUGAAUUUUUUGACGGCCGAUGGGAUCAUGUUGCCGUCAGACAGGCCCGACGAUGCCAGCGACAGCAGCUUCGAGGAGGCCCACGGUGCAAAAGAAGACGACGGCGACGAGGGCUCCCUGGACGUCUCCGAGCUGGCGAGCUACGCGGCCCUGCACGCCCGCAUCAAGGACGCGAUCGCCAGAUUCGACGGCGGCGUGCUCCCGAAGCUGAACUGGAGCUCCCCCAAGGAUGCGCAGUGGGUGCACGGCACGCUGCAGUGCAGCACGCCCCAAGAGGUCAUCAUGCUCCUGAAGGCCUCCGACUUCGUCUCCCACGAUCUGUGCAACUCUUUCGAUCUCUGUGCCCCUGUCGGGCGAAGGCGGCCGGACGAGUUCACGCUGGUGCUCCGAAAGUGGUACGACUUGCACGAGUCUGGCGAGUUCAGGUGCUUCGUGCACAGCUCCAGGUUGGUGGCAGUCAGCCAGAGGCAGACCGGCAGUUGCUUCCCGCACCUCGCGUGCCACGAAGAGACCGAGGCAAUCGGCGGCGCCGUUCGGGAUUUCUUCGAAAAGCACGUCCUCAGCGGUUUUCCGUUGACCAGGUUUGCCUUCGACGUGUACGUGGGGCCCGCACCGCGGCGGCGCGUGUGGCUUGUGGAUUUUUCGCCGUGGGGUCCCACUACAGAGCCUUGCCUGUUCGAUUGGGACGAACUCUCCGAGCUGUCGGCUCGCGUUGAGGCUCCGGGUGCUGCCGAAAUUGAUGGACAGCAGCAGCAGCAGACACUGGUAGAGGCCUCUGGGCGAGCCCGAUUUGAGCUGAGGGUCGUGAAAAACGUGAGCGAGUGCAGGAGCGGGCUGUCCAGGUACCACAACUUGCCCGUGGAGCUCGCCCAGCUGGGCCUAGGAGAGGGCCUGGACGACCUGCUGGCACAGGCCGACAAGGUCUUGGAGCAGAAGCGCGCUGCCUGA